CGGCGCGCUCCCGUGACCAUGUCGCCAUUUUGAUUCGAAAAAAUAUGCCUGAGUUUUUCCUGCUUUGCGUGCUAAACUUAGCCCCGCGUUUGACUUACUUUGCGCGUGAGUACGAAUCACACCCUCUGGAUCUGUAACAACAGGAGUUGUUAUUAACGCCACGUGGCCAUUAAUGCUGGGGAACUGCUCAUUUGUGAGCCACAUUUGACUUACGUUAGCUAAGUUGAGCUAGCUAGCUAGCUAGCUAACUUCUCGCAGACUGACCCUUCUUCAAAACAAAUCACUACUCGCUCGUAUAGCAUCUUAGCUAGCACAGCAGAUAGCUGGUGACUUAACGCUGGUAGCUGACUGCUUGACGAAAAACUCAACUAACAAUCUUGAAUACACACGGGAGGCAUAGAAGCGGACUUUCAACCAAAGGUUAUGGUGAGCCUCUCUGCGUCUCAUCUCCUAAAGAGGCCUGCGUUUUAAGAGGAGACCCAUGCUGAUAAACGCCAGGCCUCGCCACGCUCUCUGUCGUCUGCACAAACACAAAUGCCUGCCCGCCCGCGGGGGAGGUCUGACUAAAGAUACCCACCUUUCAUCCACUGGGCUGUGCCCCCCGUCCCAGCGGCCGCCAUGUUCUGGAAGUUCGACCUGCACACCACGUCCCACAUCGACCAGCUGCUGGACAGAGAGGACGUGACGCUGCGCGAGCUGAUGGAGGAGGACGACGUCCUGCAGGAGUGCAAGGCCCAGAACCGCAGGCUGCUGCUCUUCCUCUCCCAGGACCACUGCAUGCAGGAGCUGGUCCGCCUCAUCACCACGGAGCCGCCCGCCGACCUGGAGGAGAGGAGCCGCUUCAAGUUUCCCAACAUUGCGUGCGAGCUCCUGACGUCAGACGUGUCCAUUAUUAACGACAAGCUGGGCGCGGACGACUCUCUGCUGGAGGUGCUCUACCACUUCCUGGAGCAGGACCCCCCCCUCAACCCGCUACUGGCCAGCUUCUUCAGCAAAACCAUCGGCAAUCUCAUUGCCAGGAAAACCGAACAGGUGAUCACCUUUCUAAAGAAAAAGGAAGGCUUCAUAGGCCUGGUGCUGAAACACAUCGACGCUUCUGCCAUGAUGGACCUGCUGCUUCGCCUUAUCAGUUGCGUAGAGCCUGCCCCCCUGAGGCAGGAGGUCCUCCAUUGGCUGAAUGAGGAGAAGUUGGUACAAAGACUCACAGAGCUCAUCCAUACCGGCAAAGAUGAGGAGAGACAAUCAAAUGCAUCCCAGACGCUCUGUGACAUCAUCCGCCUUAGUCGAGACCAGGCCAAUCAGAUGCAGGAGAACAUGGAGGCCGACCCUCUAUUGGCUGUACUGGAGUCGCAGGAGAGUGUAGCGGGACUCCUGAAGAACAUGUUUGACGGGGAGAGGAGUGAGGCCUCCAUUGUUAAUGGAACUCAAGUGCUACUUACCUUACUGGAGACCAGGAGGUCUGGGCUGGAGGGGCUGAUGGAUCUGUAUUCUCAGGGUUACGAAAGGUCUUACACUGUCAGCAGCAGUAUUUUAAAUGCCAUUGAGCCCCACAUAAAGGACUUCCAGCAGCUUCUCCUGGAUCCCCCCAAGAAAAGUGCAAUAUUGACGACCGUUGGCGUCCUGGAGCAGCCACUGGGGAACGCCCGCCUUCACGUGGCCCGGCUGGUGGCCGCCCUGCUGCAAACCAGCGCCCUCGGUAUCUGCCAGGAGCUCUGCAACCUCUCCACCAUGGACCUACUACUGGAUCUGUUCUUCAAAUACUCCUGGAAUAACUUUUUGCACUUCCAAGUGGAGCUGUGUGUGGCGGCCAUCCUGAACCAUCCUUCGGAGGAGCGGCCCGUCCCGGGCCUCCAGAACCACGAUGGUAAUCCCGCGGCGUCGGACCCCGAGCCGCAGGGGGAGGCGGCGGAGGCGGGCGGGCCCAGCGACCCACAGACCUCCGUCCACAACGCCCUAGUAGCGCAUCUUUUCCAGAAGUGUCAACUGGUCCAGAGGAUCCUCGAAGCCUGGGAGGAGAAUGAUAAAAUACAGGGUGAGGGCGGAACCAGGAGAGGCAACAUGGGUCAUCUGACCAGGAUCGCCAACAUGGUGGUCCAGAACCUGGAGAAAGGACCGGUACAGUCCCAGAUCACUGACCUCAUCAAAGAGCUGCCAGAAGACUGCCGAGGCCGCUGGGAGAGCUUCGUGGACGAGACCCUGCGAGAGACUAACCGGAGGAACACGGUGGAGCUGGUCAGCACCCACAACAUGCACUCGUCCAGUGAAGACGACGACAUGGAGAGCCCGUUCCCCAACGACCUGUCCCUCCAGCAGGCCUUCUCUGACUAUCAGAUCCAACAGAUGACGGCCAACUUCGUGGAUCAGUUCGGCUUCAACGACGAGGAGUUCAGCGAGCACGAUGAAAAUAUCAAUGCCACGUUUGACCGGAUUGCCGAAAUAAACUUCAAUCUAGAUGCUGAUGAUAAUAGUGCCAACGCGGCUGCGUUCGAAGCCUGCUGUAAAGAGAGGAUACGCCAGUUUGAUGAUGCUGAAGAGGAAGAGGACAUCUGGGAGGAGAAGGAGAUGAACUAUGCAACACAAGCUAAGUCCAGAACCAGGUUCGGGGUCUCCCAAACCUCCGAGAACAGCUCCAGGAGCAGCAUGGAGAACGGGGGCGGGGAGCGGGACCACGGCUCUGGAUCCGAUGAGGACGAGGACUCUGAGCAGAACGCGUCUGAGCCCAACACAUCAGAAACGGAUCCAGGCUGGACAGCUAAUUUCAGGGAGUCCGGAGAGACCGCGGCGUCCCAGACCCCGGCCCAGUGGGACAGCUCGUCCAGGAGCGGGACACAGACGCAGGGAGGUGGCUGGGCCACCUUCACUGAGUUCCAGCCCUUCUCCGGCACAGAGACCGAUCCCAGGUGCAGGUCUCCGGGGGACUCGGGCGGCGGCGACGUCGAUCUACAAGCCAAACAAAACCACGAGAAGAGUGACGUCGGCGCGUCCUCUGGUGCCUGGCCGGUGGGAGAGGGGGGGAAGGCCCCCCUCGUGGCCUCCGACGGCAGCUCCUCCGGGGGAUCCGACAGCGAGGACGACGACAAGAGAGCCGGCGCUCCUCCCCCCCCCGCCUCGGCCGCCGCCGCCGUCGUCUCGGAAACAGCCGCCGGCGCCCCCGGCAACAAGACAGCUGACCUCAAAAGGUUUGAAUCUCUUAGCGGGGAGCCCGGCAGUCGGUGGUCCGAUCCUCCUGGGUGGACCGGUCCACUCUCGUCUAUAUUAGACUCCUAA